AUGCGUCUAAUUGCUACUGCACUAGUUUUUGUUUUUCUAAUAGUGAAUCCUUUUGUGAUUACUGUUGUAAUAAGAGAAACAGAAUGUUGUAUCAAAGUUCUCCUAAGUGAAAUGUAUCAAAUUAAUGAAAAAGAUAAGACAUCUCAAAUAUAUUUUGAUAUAUUAUCAUGUUUAUCUGUUGCAAGUUUCUCACUAUCAUCUGUUAUUCAUGUGUUCUUUUCACUUUUUGCUAUAUAUGGAUUUUUUUCUAUAAGGCCAAUUUUUGUAAAGCCAUAUUUAUAUGGUUCUUCCUUGUCACUAUUAAUACUUGUAUUUGGUAUUAUUCAAAGUCUUGUCAUGUGUUGGAAACUAACUCAUUCCGAAUAUAUGGAUUCCGAUACAAUUGAAGCUUCCGCUAAAUACUUAAAUUAUGUAUAUAUUGGAGCUGGUGUACUUCUUAUGUAUUUUAUAUGGGUUUCUAUUAUAAUUGCAGCAUAUUUUGAUGUCAAAAGACUACGAAUAAACUUUUUAGAAUGGAUUUAUAAAGAAAGGUCAGCUGCAUUCAAUCCAACAGAUCUUAUAUUUUUAGAAAAUAAAAGAACAGUUUUAAAUGCUAUUAAUAUUUAA